ACCUUGUUGAAUUGGGACACCGGUAACUGCUACGAACAUGGCGCCUGAACUUUGAUCUUUUCCUAGCUACGAACGCAGCUACCUGAUUGGUGUGAUUUUUUUUCCAUUUUAAGGGGAAGUAAUCAAUAGUGGAACAAUUUCUGUUGCAGUAGUUGCCUCCCUUAUGUAGUCAUUGUUUUUCAAGCACCGCAAUGUGUUUUAUGAUGCGACUCGCGAAUAUUUGCUCACCUGUAACCGUAGUGUAAUUAUACCAGGCUGUUGGGACUUACGAAUUUAUGACGAACCUUAAACGACGAGCCAACAAAGUAAGAACUCGUUCCUUUCCUUCCUCCUACAGACACAAAUAGACAGAACUUAAACAUUCGGAGAGAAUUAAUACUUGAGCCAACUGACACACAUCAAACACCUAAACCAAGAGUCUAUUUAACUGGUUAAUCCACUUAACAAAAGAGGUUUUAAUAAGGAUAUUUGAAUGUAGUUCUAGGACUGAACAUAAAUGUCUUUAAUACAGUUGACAAUAAAUGUGACGGGGUCACAAAAUGAACAUAAAAGUAUAAUCACCUACAAGGAAACCAAGGCUGUAGUUUAAUCACUACUUCAAGGGCCGACAGGCAAGUGAAUACAAUUCGCCAUCAGACGACUAGAUGCUCAGUCUGAAAUGUCAUUAGCAUACUGUCAUCUUCCACCUUCGUACUUAACACUACCAACUGAAGACACACAUGCAGCAUCUUGGGAUUCAUACACUCAAAACUGCUAGGGAGAGACGAACCCACACACUACAUUUCCUGCAGCUCUUCUAGUUACACGUAAAGACAUGGACAAAAGCAUUUACAGAAGGAGCGAGCUUCAGCCCGUCUAAUACCUUUUGAGUGACUCCAAGUAUAGUGUUUACAGCCAUGAAUUCAAUUUUGUGCAUCACGAAUUUUAUUAAAGCAUUUAUCAACAGUUUAGUAAAACUGGGUGACAUGUUUGUGAAAGUCUCUUUGUUAAUGACCCUGAAGCAUUUUGGCAUUUGAAUAUUUGAAUCCUAAAUCUUGACCCUUCAGCAAGACACACGAUAAAUACAACGAAUUUUACAGAAACUUGCAAACAAAUGUUUUAACUAUAAGCUAACCCUUCUUGAUCAUGGAAAGUACUGUAAUGUAAAACCAGGAUGCAAUUGCUGCUUACAGAUUGAUUGCAGAUGAGUUCUCACCAGACUGAGAUUAAAGACAGAUACAGAAUGCAGGUAAAGUGUAAAGAUCUUAAAGAAAAUUUCAUUGUGUGUGUGUGUGUGUGUGAGGUAGAGAGAUUCUAUUUCAUCAAUGUACAAUUCGGCAUUGCAUACUAUUGUUUGAGAUUUUUUCCUCGCUACUUUGUGUUUCGAUUUCUCUUCGUAAAUCGCAAUUAUUAUUCAUUUCACUGGUAGAAGUUUCUGAAAAACGUCGACGACGACGACGACGACGACGAGGACGACGACGACGACGACGACGACGAUAAUUUAUAAAAAAAUUACUUCUAUGAAAAAUUUAUAAAAUGAAACAGGGUAAAGCAAAAACUACAACAGGAAAUAUUCCCAGUUUUAUUGACAGGCUCAAGCGAUAAUGAGCUUAGCAGCGUGCAAUAAACACUAGGAUAGCGGUCGUAUUCACUUUAGAGUCUGAUAAGUUAAAGGAACUGUUUUUUUACAUCUGAAAUGGAGUGUGGUUUGGUGUCAUUGAUUUGUACUUGAUUUUGCUGUUUUUGUGCAGUUUUAUUCUUUUAGCCGUCUUGAUCCGUAUUUUUGUUUUCUUUUAGCAUUUAGUAAUGCAGUUCCAGCUUUCUAUGCCAGUCAAUGUUUCACGAGACUGUUACACGACCGAUUCAGGAAAGAAUCCCUUACUCAUUCCGUUUCCAGGUUAAAACAAAUCAACACUAGUAAAGUCUCUCCGAUUCGAUGAACCAAGGCAUGCGUUCGGAAAAUAUGUCUCAAACCUAACUUGCAUUCUUUGGGAUCAGUUACUCGCCAGACACGUGAUGAUUGUCUCAAAUAGUUUCAGAUCACUUUAAAUCUUUAUGAAACAGAUAAAUUUAUAAAGAGGUUUAUCAAUGGAAGUGAACAGGGUAUUGAUAGUUACUAAAAAUGGGAUACAAUAGGGGAAGAGGGAAUAAAUGGUGUCUCUCUUCUUCCUGGUUAUUCGAUACUCUUCAAGUCUCUAUUAUUUCUUUCAACAUAUAGAGCUAUGUGCAUAUUCAUAUAUGUAUGUAAUCGAACGGAUAAAACAAAAUUAAAAUGUUUACGAAAAUUUUGGGUAAAAAAUCUUGUCAACGGGUAAAAUAAGAAAGAAAAUUACACAUUACCAAUAUUACUAAAAAAAAAAAAAGCUUAGUGGAGAAAGAACAAUGAAACAAAACAAGUAUUAGUUACAAGUGGUGCAUCAUCACAAAGUACAUGCUUUACCAAUUUUUUUUCUAAAGACUUGUGUGUUCCUCAAAGAUAUUUAUUUAUAUAUAUAUUUAAAACGGAAUUUAUAAUGUGCACAAUAGAAAUAAGACGGUAUUUACUUAUAAUACCCGGUGCAAAAUAAGGAAACCAACCAGAGAAUACGAAACUAGCUACAUCUGGAUUAAUCUCAAAUACAUGAAGACGCAUCAAGCCCUUUUUCGUCCUCAUUCUCUUGACCAGAAGACAAGAGAUAACAUGAAACGACCAUGCUGCUUGAUAACUCUUUUGCUCAUUUUACAUGAGAAUGGUAGAAACAGCGUGUUUGCCUGUGAGUACUCUACUUUUUAGAAGAUAUAGUGCUUAGCCAUUCAUUUUCUCUACUACGAUCAUUGUAUAUGCUUUAAUGGUUAAUGGACAAUACCGUUGUUAUUUCAAUCUCUUUAAUAGUUUUUUUCGAGCCCAUUAGCUUUUGAACAUUAUCGCUUCCAUUAUUUUCUUUCUCUUCUAUUCUUUUGUUACUAACUUACGGCGUGUAAUGACACAAAGUAAAACAAUUACCAUCCCAACUAAAAUAUUAUUUUUUACAAAAUAAUAUGAAUUAUUUUGUCAAGGCCAGUUAAUUUAACCAGAAUUUUGUAAUAAAUUUGUUGCAGGUGGGGGAAUGGGAACAAAUCAGACAUCUCACGAAGAGGUCACAAUUAAAGAGAACACACAAGCUGACCUCAGAUGUAAUUUGAGAACAGAAAAUAGUGAGACCUCCAAGGAAUCAGCUUUUGUAAUCGAGAUGAGGCUGUGUGACAAUGGGAAAUAUCAUGAUGUUUGCAGAUGCCGCUGGCUCCCUGACAAGGAUGCCGUGUGCAAGAAUCAGAGAAAUGUUUCCAUCUGCGAGGCUGACAACAAUGAGAUGCGGUUCUCUGUGUUUGUCAAGCGGACCUACAGUGACAUCCUGUGGGAACUCUACAGAUCGAAUGCCACUCCAGUCGUGAUUAAAAAAACCAGACUUCAAGUCAUGUACCCAGCAAAGGUCACAGGGUUGCAGGUGAAUGGACAAGAAGUUACCGAGACUCACGUCGUUGACGAGAAUCAAGAGGUUAUCGUCUCCUGUUUUUUCAUCAAUGGAAAUCCUCCGGUUACCAUUCGACUUGUAGACAGCACCGGACAAGCACAGAGUUCGACAACGCAUGGAGUCGAACCUUUGGUGAUUUUUCUUGGAGUGUUUCGCUGUCAGGAGGUCUGGCCGAUCAUUAAGUGUGAGGCUACGGGUUCAGAACUGAACAGAUCCGUGGCCAUCAUUGGCAGAUGUAAGUAUCAUACUAGGUAACAUGCCAACGACACUGUGACAGACAGACAGACAGACAGACAGACAGACAGACAGACAGACAGACAGACAGACAGACAGACAGACAGACAGACAGACAGACAGACAGACAGACAGACAGACAGACAGACAGACAGACAGACAGACAGACAGACAGACAGACAGACAGUUUUUAUUUACUCAUUUUCUUUUCCCUGAUUACUUUUUCAGGUCUGCCUCAGUUGUUUCACACUGAUAGUCACCUCCAAGAUUUGACAAGAGUUUUAGACGAAGGUCUGACACUUGGACUGAGAUCCUACACUGGUGUCAUCAGUAAAUGUGUCAUGACAAAAUUUCCCCCGAAACCUAACACCAAGGAAGUGGCGUGUGGCUUGAGUGGAAGUGCCCCAGACUUCAUAUUAACCCUUAACCUUACUACAGAACCACCGAUUGAAGAAGGGAUUUGGAUGCUGCGUGUUUUUACAGACCUCGGGGAUUCAAACAUAACCUUUGUACUCACCAAUAAAACUUCUGAAAGUGAGUACCUCUUAAAAUAUUUGUUUAAGUAAGUCAACAUUUAAUAAUCUCUAUUUUCAUAAAAGCCUUUAGUUAAUAUAUUUGGUAAUCAUAUAAUAAAUAUUUGUAAAGGGAAUGCAGUGCGUAACAUGUAGAACUCAUAAAGUGCAUGCUUCUUUCACAAAGGCCAUAUGUAUUUAUGCUUUACAGAUGGUAUUAGUAGAACAAUUUUACAUUUUUAAUUUGUAGGGAUCAAACAACCGGAUAGUCAAAGUCCGCUUUAUAACAUUGUUGUAUGCGAUUUAUUUUGUUAUGCAAUGAACAAAUAACUUUUAUGUUGUUUUAAUUACACCGCCUCUAUAUUUUACAAGAUUUUAUGCCUUCUUACAGAGGUAAGCAUUCAAACGUUCAAGCGAAUGCUUUUAUCUGUAAAUUACUGCCACACUAGAGGGCAUUUAUAGAACUUGCUGAAUAAAAAGUAUAUCUUUAUCAGUCAUUAGUAAGUUUUUUAAACUUUCCUUUUUACAAGAUAAGAGAGAAGCUGGUAUUUUGGCUUUCAACUUGCAUAUGAAGUUUUCAGAUAUGUUUAACUAAGUAUAAAUUAUCAUUUUAUGACUCUUACUUACAAAUAAAAAUAAAUAGAGAAGUUUGGAGGUUAAUAUGGCCUGUCUACCCUUAUUUUGUUUUUCUAUCACAUACUUUUGCCCAGUUUUUAUUCGUGUGAUAUGUCUUUCGCUUUUACUGAAUGUCAGUAGGACAUCGAAAAUAUAGUUUCUAAGCUAAUCUUUAGUUUAAAUGCUAGCGCGAGUAAAGCGCUAAUAUGCCAUGUAUGCCAGCAAGACUUACAUAUUUAUAAGUAUGCAGUACAUAAUAUCUAUAAAGACAUACGUAUUACUUCCUACUCGCCAGUAGCAACUAAACUCAUGGUUUAACUUAUCUUUUUGGUAGACUGCUUUUAACAACUUUCUUUCUUUUAUCAUAAAUUUAAAAGGUAGUUAUUUGACCAGAGCUCUUGGAAGUGUUAGAGACCACAGUUUCUACAGCAUCGUGCUGUUUUAGUUGUUUACGAGCUUUACUGAGAAGCGAAAUAUAAAUGGACACACUUUCGGACAUUCCCGAAUCUAUUUUUAGUUUUAAGUUCCAUGUGACGCAGCACAACCAGUUGAGUCAUCCUAGUGAGUGAGGAUUUUGCCCUUUUCACAGCUACCUCUGUCGUGUUAGGCUGUUGCUUGCAAAAACCGGUUACCAUUUCUUAUUCUCAAAUACUAAACGCAUUUUAGCAAAAUGAAAUCGGACAUUAUUUCUAAAAGUGAGAGUUGUGCAAGCAUCAGUCAAAUUUAAUAAGCCACUCGUCCUACUUGACGUCGGGGCAGACGAUUGUUUUGACACUAGCUUCGACAAUUCUGUGUGAGAGAAUAUCGAAAACUGCAACAAGAGCUUUCAACAAGUGUUAUCGGUGUGUGCGGAACAGUCAACUACAUGGUACAAACCAUAUUAAAAUGAAUGAAAUUCUCUGCUUCUUUCUGCUGCUUAUUGGUUCUGUCCAAGCAAACAUCACAAAAACAGAGUGCAUUUCAUCAGAAGUAGUGGCUUUAAGAUGCAUUUUCCCGAAAAACUUGAACACUACGCGGACAGAUUUCACGGUCUACUUUCAUUCUGCCGAUGGAAAAGCAGAUUUGCUGGUAGACUGUGCAUGGGUAGGUGACCAGCUUCAUUGUAUCGAACAAGUGGGCUUCAAGUGCAAGUGGCCAGUCUCAGACGUUGCUGACAUCAGUGUUCCCACCAGAUUUUUAAGAUUUUCUGGAACAUAUAGUUGUAUUCCUGAAGGUUCCAGCUCUGAAAACACCAUAUCAUGUAAAUUUUCCGAGAACCAAAGUGAACGACAACAAGAAAAAAGCCAGGAUGAACAUCAAAGAGAAGGCGAUCUCAAACAACAUGGUGACAAAGGAGCAGGAAGCAGUACUGAAGAGACUCUCGGCAUUGUUUUUGGAGUUGUUGCACUUGUUCUAUUGGCCACGGUCGGCGUUGUUAUGUACAAGAAGUUUCUUAACAAAAAUAAGAAUAUUCGCAAAUCAAACAGAACAGCUCAACACGAUGAAUACUGUUCGUUCCUAUUAACUGAAAACAAGAGAAAAAUUGAGGAAACAAAAUACUUAGCACCGCCUUUUCCUUUGGUUUCCUCUCGCCAGCGGAGCUCCUCAUUACGAAAACAGUUUGAAGAUGACAAUAAUUUAGAAAUAACAAGGACAAUUGUAAAUGAGAAACGGAAACAGCGCUCAGACACAUUGUGACUUCAACACAGUAAAAAUACAUGCAAUUGUUUCUGGGUAUUCACCUUUUGUCUUUGGUAAUCUUUGUUUUCACUAACUCUGAAGAUGGUAAAAGAUGAAUGACACUACUCAGAGACACAACACGUGAUCCAACUUGUUAUUUUUAUUAUUUACUGAUAUCACUACUUGAUAAUUUAAAAAAAUAUUUGAAUAACCGACAUUACAGUCAGUUUACUUGCAAAUGGCAAGGUACUUUUUUACAGUGUCACAAAAGAUAAGAAUAUCAGGAAUAUUAUGUCUAACCAUUCUCUUUUCUGUUGAGUGAAGGGUGACAACUCUUGCAACUGUGGGGCAUAUAUUUCUCAUCAUAUAAUUGACCCAUUCUUUAAUAAGACUAGAACCAUCAUUUGGCCUUUAUAUAAAUAAUGAAUAAAAAACCAGAUGGUGUUUUUAUAGUUACUUAACAGUCUUACCUGGAGGACCCAACAUAAUAUAAGACAUGACAGUGACCAGAAAGUCCUUUUUGUAAGUGAGUGAAAUUUUUUCUUAACAAAUUGUUUGAGACUAAAUUUUUCUACUUAGGCAAGUUGGAGUAGAUGAGAAAAGAUUUUUUUGCACUGGUUUUGUCAUCAAAAGCUAUAUUGCUUUCUACUUGAUAUCCCAGUACACUAUCUGAGCAUGUAUAAACCUUAAGUAAAAAAUAAAUGUUGCUUAUCACACAGUUAGCACACCAUAAACUGCUUUUUGUGUACAAUAGAGUUUCAGCUGCUUUUCUUAACAUUAGUCCUUUUGCAAACUCUUCUUUUACCAGCGUAUCUCUCCCACACUUUAACUCAAUGGUAGCGGACUAUGCUGUAUUUAAUAAUAAACUAAGCGGAGGUGCCCCAGAGUUCAACCUAACCCUCCUUUUUCUCUGUAGAGUCAAGGAUUAGAGAAAGGAUUUAGACGGUACACAACAUAACAGAGCUAGGCAGCUCAAAUAUUACCUUUCCACUCAUUAAUAGCACAGGUCAAUGUAAGUAUGAUAAAUAAAUUGCUUACAUGUAUACAUUUUUUACUUCAUGAAAUAAAACAAUUAGCAUUUUAUUAUUUUAAUUUAUUCUCUUUAUCUUCAGCAUGUUUGAGCUACAAAACAUUAAGUACAAAUUCACUAUCUUUCAAGACUGUUGAGAAAUUAAUUAUUAAUUUUGCUUCAGUAAGUUGUAUUUCACAUAUAAGUGCAAAUUUUAAUAUAUAUAUAUAAUUGUGUAGGUCUGCAGGACCAGCUGCCACAGAAUGUCACAGUGUAGUUGACCGCUGGUACAAAAACUUUAGAAAAAGCAAUAUGUCUUUCACAAAAAAUCAUUUAGUUUGCACUAUUUCAGCAUGUGCCGUCUACAGAUACUUCUUUCACCUGUUUUGAAGAAUAAUUUUUAUAGGAUGGUCUUUGUUGAAUUUGAAAUUUUUUUAUUCCUUAACCCCGUGGGGAGGAUGGAGAAAUUCUAUAGACAACUAGUAGUCUACUACGACUAAGCUUGAAGAAAUAUAGGCAGAUAAAAGAUAAAUGAAACUAAAUACAAGUAAAUAUAAAACAGUGAAAUAUCACAAAGGAAAACUUAACAAUAAUUAUAAUGAUGGCUGAGAUAUUAGCGUUAGCAUGGGUUAACUAUAGUUGUUACACAAGUAACACAUCAAAUCAAAUCAAAUGAAAUCAGACUUUAUUGUCUGUCGAGGAGACCCAAGACAGAAAUUUGUCUUUUGCUCACAAGGGCAGGUAUACAUACUCAUACAGACAUUUAAUACACACAGUUAUAUAUAUAGCUAUACACAGUUGGUAUUAAAGAUACAUUGUCAUGGUAGGUUGGAUCUCCCAUACAUACUCAAACACACACACACACACAGAGUCUGCAGUAGUACAAUACAGAACAACUUUAUCGAUCCCCAGAGGCACUUGAGAAUAAUGGUUAAGUUCAAAGUUGAGCAUCUUGUCAUAAAGGUUAGGUUACAGAACAAAGUACUCAAUUUACUUUACAAAAUGACUAACAAGCAUCAAAGGCAAGAAAAGAAUUUUAAAAUAUUUCAAAAUUGUACACUUUUCCCUCUUAUACAGAAACUUUAAUAAAUGGCCAAAGCUCUCAUAAAAUACCAGCACAAAAUAUGUGAAAACGAAGAAAAAGAUAAUACACCAGGAGAAACAACAGCGCAGAAAAAGACAGAAGAAUGAAAAAGAGCGGAGAAGAAAGAAAACACAGGCACACAGACUAUUUCCUUAGUGCACUGUGCGAAAAACUGUCGGCAGACUGGUACGACUGGAGACGGGGAAGAAACAAUUUACUAUGUAGGUUAUAUCCGUGGCACGAGGAAACCAACAAAACCAACAGCAAGUAAAAACUCUCUCGCUUCACAGGCACGCUACGGGGGUAAACCACGUCUCCAAUCAGAGUGAAGGUCAUCUCGCAUUGGCACAGAUCACCGCGUGACAUCUACUCAAAGGAACUCUACCUCUUUUAUAGGCCUCUAUAUAAAUAAUAUUUACUAACAAAAAUACACAAUAAAAUGUUAAAAAUAAUUCGCUUAUAAACAUACAUCAGUUAAUCCUUCAUACUAUCUAAGUAAAAUGAAUUUUGAUUAGUCAUUCAGCACUUAUGCUCAGCCCCUAAGUGGACUGAUAUCCCUAUGUCACCAUCUGUGACAAAAGAGCACUUUCCUACUAGAUUCAAGCUUGAUACACUUUAACAUAAGCAAUCGGUCAGCAAUAUCUUGUACAUUUAGCAACACAGAACAGUCUAACCGUGUUAAAACUGUUGUAAAAAACUAAAUAAGUAAAACAACGGAGUCAGGCAGAGCAGCAUUUCAGGUGUCACAUAUACAAAUAAGGUAAAGAAAAGAUUUGUCUGAAUACUUCAUUUUAAG